GCAGCCACGUCCCGACCCACGACCCUAGCAGCCUGGGACCCGCAGCGACCCCUCCGGGAACGCAGCUCGGACCCUGCCAGGCCUCCGCCCACGGCCGGCGGCAUCCUCCCCCUCCUCAGGAUCACCCUUCGGCCCAGAGGCACACUUUGUCUUGUCAGCCGGCCCACCGAGGAGUCACUAGAGGGCGGCUCGGGGUGCCCUGGGAAAUGUAGUUCCCGCCGCUGGUAUCGGAGCGCAGGGCCCCGGCCUCUAGGUGGGGCGGGAAGCGUGGUGGCCGCCCGGGCCACUAGGAGGCGGCAAGAGGCGCAGAGCAUAAUGGGAGGACGCGAAGAUGGGGACCGAUUCACGGAACUGCAACUCCCAGCAGCACCGGGAGCAAGAGACUGGGAGGCGGCGGGGCGGCGGGGCGGAGCCAGCCAAAGGCCGCAGGGAAGUCCAUUCCAGCCCGACCUCGCUUCACCCAGACGAGGGCCAACUUCUAACUCGUGGGGGUCUCACUAGGCCGCAGUCGUCCGCGGGUCCCGGAAGCGAACUUUCUUGGCUGGAAGAGGGGAUCUCUUGAAGUGCGAGAUGCAAGCUGGGAAGCCCAUCCUCUAUUCCUAUUUCCGGAGCUCCUGCUCAUGGAGAGUUCGAAUUGCUUUGGCUUUGAAAGGCAUUGACUAUGAGAUAAUACCCAUCAAUCUCAUAAAGGAUGGGGGGCAACAGUUUUCUAAGGAAUUCCAGGCAGUGAAUCCCAUGAAGCAGGUGCCAGCCCUGAAGAUUGAUGGAGUCACCAUUGGCCAGUCACUGGCCAUCAUUGAGUACCUGGAAGAAACUCGGCCCACUCCACCACUCCUGCCUCAGGAUCCGAAGAAGAGGGCAAGCGUGCGCAUGAUUUCUGACCUCAUCGCCUCUGGCAUCCAGCCCCUGCAGAACCUGUCUGCCCUGAAGCAAGUGGAACAGGAGAACCAGCUGCCCGUGGCCCAGAAGGCCAUCAUUUCUGGCUUUGAUGCUCUGGAGCAGAUCCUGCAGAGCACCGCGGGGAAGUACUGUGUGGGAGACCAGGUGUCCAUGGCUGAUCUGUGCUUGGCGCCUCAGGUAGCAAAUGCUGAAAGGUUCAAGGUGGAUCUCGCCCCCUAUCCUAUCAUCAGCCGCAUCAACAAGGCACUGCUGGCCCUGGAGGCCUUCCAGGUGUCUCACCCACGCCGACAGCCAGAUACACCUGCUGAGCUGAGAGCCUAGCUCCCAAACAUUGCCACAUUGGCACAUGGGCAGGGAGGGGACACAGGAGUAGAUGCUGGGUGGGCUGAACAGGCCUGGAAAUAAGCCUUCAAUGGGCAGCCAGGAGAUUUGACUUUAGUCCUUGAACUUGAACUCUCGACCUGGUGCUGCCUUCCCCCUAAACUUUGUCGUACUUCAGUCCUCUCGUCUGUCAAGUGUCAGGAGGUGGUGGGCAGAAAUGGUAUCUGCUGUGUAUGUCACAGGGCAGUCACAAAGACAAAAUGAGAAUAUGGAUUAAAAGGCCACAAGUUACCCAAGCGCCACGAGGAAGCCUUACUGAACUGACUUCAGGGAGUGCCCACGCUGGAAUUUGGUCAUUAACUGCAGCCCGGCCUCCAGCUUAUUAAGACCGAGCUGGGUUCCAGAAUUUGAACACUGCCCCCGACCCCCUGCUGGAACGCCCCAUGACUGGGCUCAGGACAGGAAGUCAGUCCGGUCAGCCACUUGCCUGCCUUGUGAUAGGCCUGGCCCUGAAACCAAGGGCAAGGAAGAGAAGUAAGCCCAGACGCCUGCCUGAGAGAAUCAGGAUCCAGGGAGAACUGAGCAGGAAAGAAAGCACCUAGCCAACAGCAGUGGGAGUGGUACCAUCACCAAUGUUCUGCUCCCUCACGAGAAGCCAGCCGGCGCUCACACCAGGGCCUUACCUCCAGGGGCAGAAUUCUCUGUACCAGUUCCAAGGUUAGGAAUUUGGGCAAAUCCAGCCACAAGUGGUCCUACGAACAGGAGGUAGGCUGCCCCUACAGGCAGUGUGAACUGUCACUGGGGUCAACUUGAGCUCAGGAAACCAGCCAGGUGACAAUUCAUCACGGGCUGUGCUAGUGGGGACAUGUCCCCAUGCUUGGCAGUGCUCACAUUGAACCAGGACCGAUUCUUGGCAGAGACAACGUAGGGAGAUUAGAGUAGCUUCUGGUGGUGAAACGAGAUGAGCUUCAUGAUCCAUACCUGAGAUUUCAUUUCUCCCACGUGGCUGAGGUUAAACAGGACUGGGGUCUACAUGCCUGUUUCAAAUGGAAGCCACCUUUCUCAACCAUGUGUCCCUUUUCUGCAGCCCAAUCCUAGGACACCUAGUUCUCCCCUCUCAUCCUGAGUUCUUUUGUGGCCUUUCCUCUCUUAAAAGACCUUGGUUCCAAGCUCUAGAAUAACCAAAGUGGGCCACUCUUUUUCCCAAGGUGGGUUUGUCCCCACAAAGCCAGAGAGAAGCAGAGGAAGGUAGAUGAGACAGGGCCGUGAUGAGGGAGACUCAGUGUACCCCCGGUCCUGCCCUGCUGCCAUCUGGACCCUUCCCUAAAUUACUGCAGCCUUGCCUGACUGGAUAAGACUCACCUGGUCUCUUUCUACAAGAAAUGUUAUUUGGUAAAGGACUGAUCUCUUCCCAGAAACCAGGGAUUAUCACCUCCUAAAAUUUGGAUGUCUGAAAUCGUAGGUGAUUAAAACUGGGGACUACAGGGAAAAUGAGCUCAGAGGAAAGGGCGAGACCCCGCACUGCAGGCAUGUACCUGCCACUCCCGUGGCAGUGCGCCUCCCGGACCUGGAGAUGUCGGGGGAGCUCUGCAGAGGAGCAGCAGGCCAGCCUCGGGCUGGGCCAGGCCAGAUGGGCUGCCGCCGCCACUGCUCUAGGAUAAGGCAGCCGACUGGGCCCCUCACCAACCGCUGCCUCUCUGAGCCCAACACAUCCAAAAGGAUUUCCAGCCUGGCUCGGGCUAGCAGGUGCUCCCAACUGCCUGCCUCUCCCCAGUCUCAUCUCCAGGCCACAGGAAAGUUCAAGAGACUUCUGGGAAGCAAGAGAACAAAUUAGAAUCCACAAGUAGGAUAGAAACAGACAGCCUGAGACCACUCCCCCUUCCCUGUAUGAUUCUAGAGCGAGCUAGGUUGGAGAGGGCAACGUGGAAUCGUCCUAGGUGGGAACAGUCUGGUCUCCUGCUCUAGCUAGCAGUGAACUUCACCAUUCCCUCCCUUCAGUCUGCCAACAUGGAGCAGCACUCCCCGGUGACUCCCAAAGCUGGGAGCCAGGAUGUGUGCAGGUGUGAAGUGCAACUGACAGACGUGGACCUUGCUGUUGCUGAUUUUAUGUCCUCCAUAAAGCGUGCCUGGCUCUAACUACCACUCAA